AUGCCCCCGGUGGGCUUCCAGUUCGGGGACAACAGGUUUGCUGCGCUGGCCCAAGGUCCCCAACCAAAACGUAAAAAAUCGUAUCAAAAACUGCAAGAUGCCUUUCCUGACUUACCGCCAAUAAAAAGUGAUGACCCAAAGUAUAUAGUGAUUAAAUCCGAUGAGAAUACUACACCCCUUUCGAAGGUUUCUUGUUUUCGUGUUUACAAUGCCUUACUCACCGUGAGCAAAGAUAUAAACAAAAUUAGUGAAUUACGCGACGGCAGCCUAUUACUGCUAGUGAAAAAUAACCAAGUAGCAGAAAAGUUUAUAAAAACGAAAUGUCUUUUCAAUAUUGGCGCUGUUAGCGCUAGCUAUCAUCAACAUCUUAAUUGUAACAAAGGCACCAUUUAUGCACCGUUCUUAAACGAUGUGCCUGAAAGCGAAAUAAUAGAAGAACUGAGUUCUUACGAAGUUUCCGCGGUUUAUAAGUUCACUCGCAAAUUAUUCCCUUCCAAACAAAAUAAACAUCGCAUGGAGAAUGACCUCUGUACGACCGUACGUGCCUAA